GACUCUAUUAAUACCACACUAAUUCCAUGCAUAUUCUCUAUUAAACCAGAGAAAAGCAGAAAACAGAACAGAAUCUCUGGAAAAGAAAAAAUGAGAGACAUGGGUGAAUUAUGGUCUCAACUAGGUUCACUCAUGGCUACCAUAAUGUUUGUGUAUGCCAUGUAUGAGCAAUUCUUCCCACACCACCUUCGAGUCUAUGUCAGAAAAUACACACAAAGAUUCACACGCUUAAUGUACCCUUACAUCCAAAUCUCCUUUCCUGAGUUCUCAGGCGAAAGGUUGAAGAGAAGUGAAGCAUACACUGCCAUAAGAACCUACCUCAGUGCAAACUCUUCUCAAAGAGCACAAAGGCUCAAAGCUGAAGUUGACCAGGGUAGGCAAGACUCUGUGGUGCUUUCCAUGGACGACAAUGAAGAGAUCACAGAUGAGUUCCACGGUGUUAGACUGUGGUGGAGUGCAAACUACACACUCCCAAGAACACAGUCAUUCUCAUUCUACCCUUCUUCAGAAGAGAAGAGAUUUCUAACCCUAACGUUUCACAGGCGCCACCGUCACCUCAUCACCACCUCUUACAUCCAACAUGUGUUGAAGAAAGGAAGAGCCAUUGCAGUUGACAAUAGGAAGCUCAAGUUGUACACCAACAACCCCAGUAACGAUUGGUAUGGUUGGAAACGUACCAAGUGGAGUCAUGUGAAUUUUGAGCAUCCGUCGAGGUUUGACACUCUUGCAAUGGAUCCAAAGAAGAAGGAAGAGAUAGUGAAGGACCUUGAGAGGUUCAAGACAGGAGAAAAGUACUAUGCUAAAGUAGGGAAGGCUUGGAAGAGAGGAUACUUACUGUACGGUCCCCCAGGAACUGGGAAAUCAAGCAUGAUAGCUGCUAUGGCGAAUUACAUGAACUAUGAUGUGUAUGAUCUUGAACUGACAGCAGUGAAGGAGAACACCGAGUUAAGGAAGUUGUUGAUUGAAACAUCAAGCAAGUCGAUUAUAGUGAUUGAGGACAUCGAUUGCUCUCUUGAUCUGACUGGGCAAAGGAAGAAGAAGAAGGAGAAGAAAGAUGAGGAUGAGGAGGAGAAGCAGAAAAAUAAUCCUGCGAAGAAAGCUGAGGAAGAAGAGAAGAAGGAAAGUAAGGUGACUCUAUCAGGGUUGUUGAAUUUCAUUGAUGGGAUUUGGUCAGCGUGUGGUGGAGAGAGGAUCAUAAUCUUCACGACAAACUUUGUGGAGAAGCUUGAUCCUGCUCUCAUAAGGAGGGGAAGGAUGGACAAGCACAUAGAAAUGUCAUACUGUGGCUAUGAAGCAUUCAAGGUGCUGGCCAAGAACUACUUGGAGGUUGAAUCACACAGUUUGUUUCCCACUAUUGAGAAGUUGAUGGGAGAGACCAAUAUUUCACCUGCUGAUGUAGCUGAGAAUCUAAUGCCUAAAUCAGCUGAUGAAGAUCCAGAAAUCUGCUUGAAGAGUUUGAUUGAGUCUCUUGAAGAGGCCAAGAAGAAGGCAGAAGAGGAAGCAGAGAAAAAGGCCAAGGAGGAUAAGAAAGAGAAUGAAAAGAAAGAGUUAGUCAAAGAUGAAAAAGUUGAAGCUUCUGAAAAAUCUGGAGAAGAGGUGAAAGAAAAUGGCAUCCAUUAGUUUAGAUUAUGAUUAGUCAUGUUAGUGACACAAUACCUAUGAUGUUGUAUUUUAUGUUGUUAUAUGACUCUUAGUUUUCUGAAGCAAUAGAUCAAAUCAAAGGUUACUCAAAUGUCUGAGAUAUGUUAACUAUAUUAAU